AUGAAAAAAAGGUGCCGAUGUAACUAGGUGCUGAAUCAACCAGGUGCCGAAUGUACUAGGUGCAUAAUUUACCUGUUGCCAAGUCGACAAAUAUUCUUGCAAAUUUAAAGCACACAUCUGAAUGAGAAAGCACUGUGACGCCCCAUUUAGCAGACGGUAGAUACACACGGUUUGUAAGCGCCAUGUUUUUGAAGUGAAGAGGAAAAGGUUAUAAAGUGGCCAUGGACGAAGAAAAGAGUUCAUGGAAGGAAAAGAAUGACAGUGUGGUGCUCACCGUUUCGGAAGAUAAACACAAGCGCGUUUUCUGGUCUGGAAAAGUGGACUUUGUUCUUGCGUGUAUUGGGAACGCGGUUGGACUAGGGAACAUUUGGAGAUUUCCUUAUCUGUGCUAUAAAAAUGGAGGAGGAGCAUUUCUGAUACCUUAUUUCAUCAUGACUGUCUGCGGAGGGCUACCCAUCAUGUUGCUUGAGAUUGGCCUAGGUCAAUAUAUGUCCAGAGGAGGUCUGAAGUGCUGGGUCAUCUGUCCAUUGUUUCAAGGUAUUGGGAUAUCAACACUCGUGAUCACCUUCUUAGGCAGUAUUUGUUAUAUAGUGAUUCUGGCUUGGGGACUCUACUACCUCUACAUGAGUAUGCGUUCAAUCUUACCGUGGAGUGUCUGUACCAAUGAGUGGAACACUGACAGAUGUGCGUCAUCCAGGGAGGAGUUAUAUGCACGGCUCUGUUUGGGCAACAGCAGCUUUAAUUCCUCUAUAAACAUUGGGGAACUAAUGAAUAAUGUAACCCACAAGGAAGCCCUUCUCUACAUUGGCAACCAGAAUUUUUCCACUACAAACUGUUCCGUAAACAACCUUAAUCCGGUGGAUCCUGCUGUCGAAUUUUGGGAAAACCAGGUUAUCCAGAUUUCUAAUGGUAUAGAAGAUGGGGGUGGAAUUGUACCUCACCUGGCCAUAUGUCUGUUAGUGAUGUGGGUAGUCGUCUAUUUCUGUGUUUGGAGAGGUGUAAAAUGGAGUGGGAAGGUUGUUUACUUCACGGCCACCUUUCCUUACGUAAUUCUGCUGAUAUUACUGGUGCGUGGAGUUACCCUUCCAGGAGCCGCAAAAGGAAUAGAAUAUUUUCUUAAACCAGACUUCACACGUCUGAAAGAUGGACAGGUAUGGAUGGAUGGCGGCUCGCAGGUUUUCUUUUCUGCAGCUGUUGCCAUAGGAGCCAUGAUAACUCUUGGAAGUUACAACAUGUUCAACACGGAUUUUUAUAAGUGUACACUUGUCGUGGCGGCUGUGAACAGCGGAACAAGUAUCCUUGGUGGCUUUGUCGUGUUCUCUGUUCUGGGGUUCAUGGCGCAUCAACAGAAUGUCGACAUAGAUCAAGUCGCUGAAUCAGGACCAGGACUUGCGUUUAUAGUUUAUCCGAAGGCUAUUUCUCAGAUGCCUCUACCUCAGCUUUGGGCAAUUCUUUUCUUCUUUAUGUUAUUUUUGAUCGGGAUCGACAGUCAGUUUGUGAUGGUAGAAGCUGCUUUGGGACACGUGAGUGAUAUGUUUCCCCGUCUGUUCUACAAAGUCAAGGGCAGAAUGAUAUUGUCGGUUGUAGCCUGUGUGAUCUGGUUCGUCAUUGGUCUUUCAAUGGUGUCACGGGGAGGGAUGUAUGUGUUCCAGCUGUUUGAUUACUACUCGGCCGCUGGUAUGGUUCUGCUCUGGGUUUGCUUCUGGGAAGCUAUCGUCAUUGGAUGGAUAUUCGGGUCAGAUAAAUUCUACGAUACCAUUGAGUUGAUGAUUGGAUACAGAAUACCAAGGCUGUUCCACUAUUGUUGGAGAUACAUUACACCUGUACUGACAGCGGGGAUUUUUGUGUUUGAACUGGUGACAUUUAAACCACUCAAGUACAACAACGUGUAUGAAUAUCCACCCUGGGCUCAAUGCUUUGGACUGAUGCUAGCUCUGGUAUCCAUGUGCUGCAUACCUGUCUACGUGAUCUUUAAGCUCUUGUUUCUAAAGGGCUCCUUCAGAGAGCGUCUAAAGGAGUCAAUUAAGCCACAAUUAACAAGAAAACAACUGUGUAAAGAAUGGAUGAUAAGAGAUGAAAGCUUAAUGAUGCAGGAAAACCAUUUCUAGAAUCAUUCCAUUGCCAUACAGAUGUAUGUGUGUUGAAUGAUAAUAGUCUAAUUUCAAGAUAUUUAAAAUGAUAAAAUUAUUAAAUUUAUAAUCUCAAUCUAUGUCAUUAUAGUGUGGUACCUUUAGUCAGUCUUUUGUAGCGAAUCCAAGCAAAUAAAAUGAAUACGAGUAACAUACUAUUGAACAUUUAUUUAAUGUGAAGAAAUAUUGAUAUGCCCCCCGAGAUCGAAGAUCGGGGGGUGGGACAUUGGUUUUUGUCCUGGUCUGUCAUUAUGUCUGAAACUUUACGCUUGCUAAUAACUUUUGAACAGUAAACGCUAGAGCUUUGAUAUUUCACUUGAAUAUUCCUUGUGACAAGACCUUUCCGUGGGUACGAAACCUUUUGACAUUGACGUUUGACCUACUUUUAAAAAAAAUUGACAUUGGUCAUAACUUCUUAAUGGUAACUAUUACAGCUUUCAUAUUGCAUAUGAGCAUUUCUUGUGACAAGAUCUUUCCGUAGGUAUCCGGGUUAGAAUAGGUCUUCAGUACCCCUUGCUUGUAAGAAGCCACUAAAUGGGGCGGUCCUUCGGAUGAGACCGCAAAAACCGAGGUCCCGUGUCACAGCAGGUGUGGCACGAUAAAGAACUCUCCCUGCUCAAAGGCCGUUAGCACCGAGCAUAGGUCUACUUUUUGCAGCACUUCAGCGUCAAUGGUGACGUCUUCAUAUGAGUGAAAGAUUCUCGAGAGGGACGUUAAACAAUAUUCCAUCAAUCUUUCUAUUGGUACAAAGAUAUUUGCCCUAGUGACCUUGUCCAUCUUUGAAUUUGGCCAUUAUCGGGGGCAUUUGUGUUUCACAAACACAUCUUGUUAAAACAUUAAGUCGCAAAUUACAUUACUCCAUUUGGACAAGGAAUUCAAUUCAUGUUUAAAGACCCACACACCACUUUUAUGAUUUGCAGUUUUUCACCCUGAAGGAAAAUUAGCUCCCAAGUUUUAAAACACAACUACACAGGAUUAUAUAACUAUGUAGGUACUAAUUCAAUAUUCAUUUCAUUAUUCCAAACAUAUACAUUUAUUAUCGUCGUCUAUUCAGCUAAAAAAAACUUCUAAAUUAAUUCAAAGUUUUAAAAAGUUUGGAUAGGACUACAUUUUGUGCGAAAGGGAUUGUUUAAAAGUUUUAAAUCUGCACAAUUUUUCAGUUUCUUUUUUAUCAAAUAUGUUGUCAAUAUUUAGAUCCUUAGAUAUUAAAUUAUUAAUCCACCUACA